AUGUGUACCACCAGUGAAGAGCUUGAGCUGAUUCAGAAUACUGUGGUAAUACUGGAACCUUUCAAGGAACUAACAAAAGAGAUGUCAGCAGAGAAAUUCGUUUCACUUUCGAAGGUCAUACCAAUUGUAAGAGGAAUGCAAGCCUAUAUGAAUGCAAGCAACGGCAGUGAGGCUCAACAGAGGUACUCAUCUAAUCCUCUAGGCAUUGAACUAAAGCAACAGAUGUCAAAGAGAUUCCCUUGCCUUGAAAGUGCUCUCUGCCUUGGAGCUGCCACUCUUUUAGACCCGCGCUUCAAAAAGAUACCUUUUGCAGAUAAAAGUCUUGCCAGACAUACAGAAGAUCGUCUGAUAAACCUCAUGCAAACCAAGGCAUCAGAUGAGGCUCCAAGUACAACAACAGCGGUACUUCCAGCAGCCCAGCAGGUUCUCGCUCAAAAGUCAUGUAAAACACCCUACUGGAACACCUUUGAUACAGAGUCGGAAAAAAUUGUACAGACAACCUCUCAGCUAUCAACAGGACCUCGCAUCGAGCUGAAGAGGUAUUUCGAAGAGAACCAUAUUUCUAGGGAUGGAGACCCGCUGGCAUGGUGGAAAGAACAUGAUAUGUAUUUCCCCAAACUUAGUGACCUGGCUAAAAGAUUCCUUUGCACAUCAGCGUCAUCUGUUCCAUCAGAGAGACUAUUUUCCAAAGCAGGAGAACUCAUCUCACACAGGCGAAGCAACAUCAAAGAUACAAACCUAGCGCGGGAAGCUCCUACCGUGUAG